CCUAAUCCCUGGAUGACCUAAAGCAAGUGCCUUUCACUUUCCAGAACUUUGGUUUUUCCGGCUGUGCAAGAAAAAUGAGCUCCUAUGAAGCUCAAAACUGCAGAGGGCUUGGCAGCAUUUUGCACAGCAGUGAUGCAAACACGAUUUCUAUUUCCCAGUCUGCAAGCCACACCACACAUCUCCCAGGCCUUCACUUUCACUUCCAGAAGCGGCACACUCCCCAGACUGGCAUGGCUGGAAGGUCUCCAGCGCUGGGAACAGCUAUAUUUUAAUUCGCCCCGCCCACUGUCUUGAUGGAUUCUUUUUCUCCUCCUCCAGGGACUUUCCUCACUUCCUUCUGUAAACGAAGGAAGAAGCACAUGAGCACACUGUAUAUAAAUAUGCUUGGGAAAGCUUUCUUCUUCUUCUUCUUCUUCUUCUUCUUCUUCUUUUUUUUUCUUAAACCAGAUUUGGUUUCUGUUGUAGGCGGUGCAUUCCCUAGCCAGGCGGGGCCCAGUGUGUUGUGGAAGGGGGAGGGGAGAGGCCGGGGGUGGAGUAGGCAGUGAUUAAUGCACCCACUGUGAGAGCCUGUCUUCUAUUUAAUGGGGGGUCUCUCUGCCCAGGGGGAGUCAGAGCUGUCUCCAGGACCAGCGGGAGCAUGGCAGAGAAUCUGGGGCUGGGCUUCAGGGAAACAGCCAGCGUGGAAAUGCUGCCGGAGGAAGGCAGCUGCACCCCCAAGGCCAGAGCCAGGUUAGCAGCCAAGAGCAGAGCAAGCUGGGCUCUCACUUGCUGCCUGCUGUCACUCCCCAUCCUGGCAGGACUCACCACCUACCUGCUUGUGGGCCAGCUCCGGGCCAGAGGAGACGCCUGUGUGUUCCAGACUCCAAAAGGGCGAGAGUUUGGACCUUCACAUCAGCGAGCUUAUACAUCUCCCGGAGCUGGUGGGGAUAAGCCAAGGGCACACCUGACAGUUGUGAGACAAACUCCCACACAGCCCUUGAAAAAUCAGUUCCCGGCUCUGCAUUGGGAACAUGAACUUGGCUUGGCCUUCAUCAAGAACCGGAUGAACUAUACAAAUAAAUUCCUGGUGAUCCCAGAGUCUGGAGACUACUUUGUUUACUCCCAGGUCACAUUCCGAGGGACCACAUCUGAGUGUGGUGAAAUCCGUCAAGGGAGCCGACUGAACAAGCCAGACUCCAUCAUCGUAGUAAUCACCAAGGUAACAGACAGCUACCCAGAGCCGACCCAGCUCCUAAUGGGGACCAAGUCAGUGUGUGAAGUAGGCAGCAACUGGUUCCAGCCCAUCUACCUAGGGGCCAUGUUCUCCCUACAGGAAGGGGACAAGCUGAUGGUGAACGUCAGUGACAUCUCUUUGGUGGAUUACACAAAAGAAGAUAAAACUUUCUUUGGAGCCUUCUUACUAUAGGGGCAAGGCAGACAUCCUUGGGUGAAGGUCCUCUGCCUCCUAGUUCCUAAUUUUCCUCCCUUAUAUGUAAUUAUAACAAGGGGUUUUUUGGAGCAUUCCACAGAAACAGUGUUUUAGCUAUGAAAUCUGAAGCCCGAAAUUUCAUACUUUAUAUGCCUAACUGAUAAAAAUCUUAACCAGAAAAAGGCAGAAUACAACAGACAUUUGAUCUUGGUUGCUUGGAAAAGUGGUGAGUUUCUAAACAUUGGAACACCGAUCACCAAAUGAAUAGAGAUCUACUGAGAACAUUUCCACUCCUUCAUACUACACGUUUGUCCCCAGUGGGUCCGACGAUUGUGCAAUAUGAUUAUGAAAUAUUUGCUUCAAUUCAGUUCAGGAACCAUGAACAAAAUCCAAAGCCCUAGAAAAUAUAAAUCCUAGAAGCAAAAUCCUUCAACGGUUUGCCCAAAUAUAUACUUUAAUGCCUUAUCUUAAAAAAAAAAAAAUGAAAAAGGUUGGUAUUUCUCAUGAACGUUCUCAAAAAAAAAA